CCUUGGGGACUGGGAGAAAGACACUGUUUGCGAACGUCCCAUCGUCACAACACCAACUGCUGCAUCAACUCCAACAGCCCUGCCAGGAGGUUGUCCUAUGGACUGCAACUUUGACCGUGGCUUCUGUGAAUGGACCCAGUCUACAACGGACAGGUUUGACUGGACAAGAAUGCAAGGCUCAACACCUUCCCCAUACACAGGGCCGUCUUAUGACCACACCUCUGGAGGCGGCCACUACGUUUAUAUUGAAGGCAAUCUUGCUGACACAGGAGAUUUAGCUCAACUGGUCAGUCCUGAAUGCACGGCUACGGGGCCUCAUUGCUUCCGAUUCUGGUAUCACAUGUAUGGAGUUGCUCGCACCAUGGCCCUGAAUGUGUAUCUGGUGGAAAAUUCAACUCCAGUACUGAUGUGGACAGCAACAGGCAAUAAAGGAGACAGGUGGUAUUCAGCAGAGGUUGAACUGAACAUCUCAGGAAGAUUUAAGAUUAUCUUAGAAGGAGUGAGGGGCAAUGAUUAUCGAUCUGAUGUUGCUGUGGAUGAUGUGUCCAUUGAAUUCAGAUCUUGCUCAGGUACUACAACAGCCAAGCCCCCCCCCACACCCUCCCCAUCAACCACAACUACAACAGCAACAACCGUCACAACAAUAGGAUCCACGACUUCCGUGGAAACAGAGAGUGCCUGUGUUGUGUCGGGCGAUCCUCACUACCAGACCUUUGACAAGCAAAUGCAUCAUUUCAUGGGGAACUGUACCUACACAUUGUCCAAGAGGUGCAGUGCUCACAGCUCCUUGCCGUUCUUCAACGUUGAAGCUGCCAACGAAUACAGAAGAGGCAAUACGCGUGUAUCGUAUGUGAGCUAUGUGAACGUGGAGGUGGACAGCUACAGAAUCACACUGCAGAAGAACAGAGUAGUUAAGGUCAAUGGACAAAUGGAGAACGUGCCGGUGACAGUGACAUCAGGUUUACAUGUUGGACUAAGUGGCCGCUAUGUCAUGGUUUCCACUGGUUUUGGACUGCGAGUUAAAUUUGAUGGAGACCACAGAGUGGAGGUCACCCUGCCCAGUUCUUUCCGAGAGAAGGUUUGUGGAAUGUGCGGAAAUUACAAUGGAGAUCAAGCAGAUGAUUUCCUGAAUCCUGAUGGAGAAAUGGAACCAGACUCUACCAGCCUAGGCAACAGCUGGCAGGUUCACAAUGAGUCCAAUUGCUCAAGCGGUCCCGUAGUCUUACCAGAGUGCAGCGUGGAAGAGAAAGAAAUUAUUGAAAGCAAGAAUUACUGUGGUUUGAUCAUCGAUGAUCACGGGCCGUUCAAGAAAUGCCACUCGAAAGUAGCUCCAAGAGAUUACUUUGUGAAUUGUGUCUAUGACCUUUGUGAGCUCAACAUGGAUGUUGAUGCCCUGUGUAAGAGCCUGCAGUCCUAUGCAGAUAUGUGUCAAGCACAGGGGGUCGAUAUACCACCUUGGCGGAACUCAACAUUUUGUUCCAUACCGUGUGGACCAAACAGCCACUAUGAGCCGUGCAGCACUGCAUGCCCUGCCUCCUGUGUUAAUCCAAACGCUCCCUCCACUUGUAAUCUGCCUUGUGUUGAAGGCUGCGCCUGUGACAGUGGAUAUCUUCUGCACAACGACAGAUGUGUGUCCAGUAUGCAGUGUGGAUGCUGGCUUGAUGGAAAGCAUUACCCUGUUGGAUCUGAGUUCUGGACCGAUGACACUUGUUCAACGAAAUGCACGUGCCCUUCCCGAGGUGGGAAGUUAACGUGUUCCGCAACCUCAUGUCCAAAGGAUUAUUACUGCGGGAUUUCCAAUGGAGUGCCUGGCUGCUACCCGCAUACCUAUGGCAUCUGCAGGGUUCAUAAUGACCCUCACUACAACACAUUCGAUAAAGCUACCCAUCACUUCAUGGGCACUUGCACCUAUACAUUAGCCAAGCUCUGCACUAAUUCAUCCUCGCUCCCAUACUUCAACGUCGAAGCCAAGAAUGAAAAUCGGGGCCAUCCUUCCAUUUCCUAUGUGCAGCAAGUUCACAUAGAUGUUUACAAUCACAGAAUAUCCAUAGUGAGAGGGAACAUUAGUAGAGUCUUGGUCGGUGGUGUUUGGAGGACUCUUCCUGUCACGCUACUUGCAGGGGCGAUAACUGUGGGCAGGAGUGGGAGAUAUGUAGUUUUGGGGACCGAUUUCAAGCUCACAGUUUCUUAUGAUACUGAUCACACUGUAGAAGUGAAAGUGCCCAGCUCUUAUUUCAAUGGGACUUGUGGCAUGUGUGGCAAUUACAACAGUCUAAGAGGAGACGAGUACAUGAAACCUGAUGGGUCACAAGGAAAGGAUAGUAAUGAGCUUGGAAACAGUUGGCAGGUUGAAGAUGGUGAUUCCAGCUGUAUGCCCAAUCCUCCCCCAGACUUCUGUCUGCCAGAAGCAGAGGAACUCUAUGGAAGUGACAGUUUCUGUGGUCUGAUCACUAAAAAGGAUGGACCUUUUGCCAACUGUCUCUCUGUUGUUAAUCCGGAGAGCUUCUUUGAGAGCUGUGUUUUUGAUAUGUGUGCAUUAUCUGGAGCCCAUCAUUUGCUGUGUGAUGCUUUACAAGCAUAUGCAGAUGCCUGCCAGAGUGCUGGGGUGAACAUUCCACCAUGGAGAAAUACCACCUUCUGUCAAAUUCCAUGCCCAGCGAACAGCCAUUACAACGUCUGCUCAAGCGCCUGUCCUGCAACCUGCACAGAUCAGGGUGCGCCAGAGAACUGCAGCAGACCCUGCGUGGAGGGAUGCGAGUGCAACAGAGGGUUUGUACUCAGUGGAGGGAAAUGUGUUUCUCUUGACGCCUGUGGCUGCUGGCAUAAUGGCCAGUACUACGAGAAAGAUGAAGUUCUCAUGGAAGAAAACUGUGAAAGAAGGUGUCAAUGCCUGGGAAAUGCAUGGGUUUGCACUCCAAUGUCCUGUGGUCCUCAAGAAAUCUGCAAAGUUCAAAAUGGGCAUUUGGGAUGUUAUCCAGAAAGCACUGCUACUUGCCACAUCUACGGCGACCCACACUAUAAAACCUUUGAUGGGAAACUUUACCAUUUCCAAGGCGCUUGUAACUAUACAGUGACGGAGACCUGUGGAAAUACAUCCGUCAGCUUCACAGUUACGACUCGAAACGAGCACAGGGGUAAUCCAACGUGGACGGCCAUCAACUCUGUUGCUCUUCAACUUGAAGAUGUGCAUAUAGCCGUGAGAAAGAACAAUCUGGUUUAUGUGGAUGAGGUCCUGAAGACCACUCUUCCUUGGAGUCCCAGACCAGGGAUAAGUGUGUCUCAGAGUGGCUCUUAUGUGGUGAUUGACACCCACUUUGGCCUGCAGCUGAAGUUCAAUGGAGACCAUGAGCUUCUAGUCCACGUGAGGGAGAGGUACCAAGGGAAGCUGUGUGGACUGUGUGGCACUUACAGCAACAGCCAGAAAGAUGACUUUAUGAGACCAGAUAAAGUUGUGGUUCAGGAUUUCAAUGAGUUUGGGCACAGCUGGAGGGUGUCUGAUGACAAGUGGCCAUGUGCUUCUGAUCCGCCUCCACCUCCACCACUGUGCCCCCCAGUCUUGGAACAAGAGGCUGAGCAGCACUGUGGGAUCCUCCUGGCUAAAGACGG